AAAUGGAACGGCACGUAGAAGAACCUGUUUCGGCAUGUCAAACGUUAAAGCGGGAUGCAGAAAAGCACAUUGUGCUCAAUUGUUUCUCUCUUUGGAUGCGUGAAUCGAACUCGGCAUCUUGCGUUCGGGGAAUUUUAUUUAGCUGAUCAGCUCCAACACGAACAGUUCGCGCUGUGCCGUUGUCGCUGCGGAAGAAAGGUCGUCGCUGUCGGGCUGUGAUUUUCUUCAAGAAAAUAGCAUCGGGAGAAGAAAAAAACACACACACACACAAGCACACAUCCAAUCCCUGUUGUCUCUUUUUCCGGUUGACCAUCGGUGGCUGUUUCUUCCGACAAACCGGGUGUGUUUUUGGGCCCCCCCUCGCAAGUGUUCCAGCAGCUGUAGGUGCGUAGUGUGUGUGCAUUGGUGUGCGUAUGAAACGACGAAUGUCAAAGUGCUGAAAAUAAAACCCUUUCGCACUCGUGUGUUUUUUUCUCGCUGUUGCGUUUCGGUGUGCAAUUCCAAUCUCCAAUAGUGUACGCGCGCGUGUGUGUGUAAGUGUUUGUUGUGGGUUAAGUGCGUGUGUAGUGCAAGUUUAAAGUGCUCGGGCUGUAUUGUAACAAGUGCAAGUGGUGUUUGUUUUUAAACGCGUGUUUUUCCUACGAAACCCAACGUGUGCGAGUGUGUGUGUGUGCUAAUUUAGUCUGCCCAAUUGUUUGUGUUUUAUUUUAAUUUUGAUUUGUUAAUUUUUGUGUUUUGUGAACGUGUGCGAUAAUUUCUUCUUCCGGUCAGAAACGUCAAACGCUUGUCGUUCGGUGUUUGAUGUUUGUUGUUUUUUCCGUCGAUCUGGUAAAACCAAGCACAAGUGGUAUUUAAACGUAAAAGAGAAUAAAAAAUGGCAGCACCUAAAGCAGCAUCCAACGGAGCAUCUAUGCUCACCUGUCAGUUGUUGUUUGCAAGGGCCGAAGCUAUGCGGCCAGUUGGGCACAGAGGAGUGGCCGCCAUGUUCAACAGCUUAGCUAGGAACCAAUCGUUGCGGAAGGAGACACUGAUUGUGUGUGCUAGUCGCCGAUUCUCCACCGCGACAGUAGCUAGCGGAUGCAGCAAUCGAAACAACAGAAGUACCCGAAAACCCAGCAUCAUCGAAAGCGUAACCUGUCGCGAAUAUAGCAACACUUCCAGCAAACGCGACACCAGCAGUGAUAUGAUGAGCAGAAGACACAGCAGCAGUAGUAGCAGUGAAUCCAGCACGACCAACAGCAAUGCGCCCGAAGAAGUAAGCGUUCGGUACUAUCGCGGAUUGCCCCACGUCACCGUACCACUGCCCUCGCGGAACGAACGCUGCCAGUUCACGCUGCGACCGGUAACGCACUGUGUAGGCGACUUUCUCGACAUGCUGAAGGUGGAGGACCGUGGCAUCGACCGGGCAGCCAUUCUGAACCGUGAAGGAGUCCGGAUAGCGGCCGCUUGCUCCAUCGAGAACCUGAUGGACGACGAGUUUUGGCUGCAUCUGAACGACAGACAAUACUACGUUAAGCCACCGAAACGUGAAAAAAUUACCUCAGAAGAAAUCACUAGACUAGGCGACGUACAGGCACUCGUGGCGCAGCUGUACGAAGCACUGCACGUGGGCGAACAUCAGGUUCAGAAGGAGCGUGAACUUAACGGCAAGCUGGAGCAACUGAACGAAAAGCUUGGCCCAUUGGAAGCGAAAAAGAACGAACUAGACCAGAAGGCGGCCCGAAAGACGAAUGCCCUAACCUGGGUCGGGUUGGGCCUGAUGUCCGUACAGUUCGGUGUGCUCGCCCGGCUAACCUGGUGGGAAUACUCCUGGGAUAUUAUGGAACCGGUGACGUACUUCGUCACGUACGGUACGGCAAUGGCCGCGUACGCUUACUUCGUCCUUACCAAGCAGGAAUACCUACUACCGGACGUGAAAGAUCGUCAGCAUUUGAUUACGCUGCACAAAGCGGCAAAGAAGGCGGGCAUAAAUUUGGCCGAAUACAACGACAUUAAGCGACAAAUCGCGGAAAUUGAGCACGAUCUGCGCCGGCUGCGCGAUCCCCUGUACAUGCAUCUGCCGGCACCACCGCCAAAGACCAAAACGUUUAGCGCGAGUGAAAUUGCGUUCGCGAAAAAGCAACAGCUAAAGGCGACGCUCGAGAUGCAACCGAUGGUCGAUACGGCUGGCGGUGCGCUCAAGAGUAAACACUAAGAGAAGCGAAACCACAGGACCACACAGUGUUGCUUGUGUUUGUGUGACUAUCGUAGAGAAGAGUUCGUUUUGUUCUGUACGCGAUAAUGUUCGAGUUUAAGCUAGUGAAAGAAGCAAAAAAAACCCGUAGCAAGGCGAGAUAUGGUUGUAAACUGCUCGUAUAAGCAACAAUCCAUUUUUAAACAUCACAUCGAACAUAAAACAAAACAAAACACGAUUAUAACAUAAAGAACCCAUUGGAGGAAAAGCCGCACAAAUCGUGAAUAACGACAAAGCCACAAAAUGGUGUGUACAGUAGCAGCGAUUCGAUGUAAGCUUUUCCCGCCGAUAACGAAUCAAAAGCACUAGCGUGAGUGCUUUUCUAUCCACACUGCGUAAGGACCCUCGCGCCAGAGAAACACAACGCGCGCUUUGUGUAUUGGGAAAAGAAUGGUAUAAUGCUUCAGUUUGAGUGCCUGAAAGGUGCCGUUUGCCUACUACUAGUACUACUAUUACUACUACUACUACUACUACUACUACUUAAUGCCUCACAAUCAACACAACACCUUCAGUGUGGAGGCCAGUACUUAUCGCACACAUCACACAAUGUAAAAGGUCCUGUUCGUGCUACGGAGCUAAGCGACGUUGUUUCGGUUUUUUUUAUUUCAUCACUUGUUUUACAUAUUUUGUUGCGGCAAAUUUUUAUAUAUUACCCCCC